GGCGUCGAUUCCUGGGGAGGAUUAUCUGAAUACGCCGCACGUAAUUCAGUGUUAGGAGCAUUUUGUCUUUGCUGUGGGAUUAAAUAGACAUUUUAAACUACAUUAUCUAGUCCUGUUUUGGUUUACGUCGCCUGCAGACGUUGUGACAUGUUAACAUAGACUUUGGACACUUUACCAGGUUGUGUUGACAAACAUGGAAAUAAUAUUGAGGCAGAUUUAAUCGUGUCUGUUAACCCAGGUGUCUAGUUAAUAUUUAAUGCUUUUAUGGACUGUUGUGAGCAGAAGUGCUCCCACAUAGUCGCGCUACCUUGACUCGGGCUGAAGGUCUGUCCACUGUGGAGAAAUGGAGUGUCAGUGUGAAAAGAACUCUGAGGACGCUGUUACAGGCUGGUGGAUGAGCAGCAACACCUCGCAGAUGGGGGUCUUUACCGUGGUCGGGUAUCUCCUCUACAGAUUCUCGCAGACGCUCCCGGCUCUGAUCCGAUGGCCAAUUCGUCUCUUCUGCUCUCUAACUGGUCUGUCGUCUCUCUGGAGCUGGGUGAGCCACCUGGUGGGAACCUUUCGUGGAAUCCAGCGUCUGUGCAAACGUGGGUCUCAGAUUUGGCGGUUUGUGGGAGCAUCGUCCUCCAAGUUGAAGGGGCUGGUCGCCGUCAUCACAGGAUCAUCCGCCGCUGAUCCAGAGAUGGAUCGGACAAACCGACCAGACCUGAGGCUGAUCGUCCUCGGGCCCAGAGGUGGAGGACGGACGUCCCUGGCCGAUACUUUGUUGGGCGACAGUGCUAAAACGGCACCCGUGGGUCCCUUAAUGGAGAGCACCAGGAGAAGGACAGUACUGGAUGGCACAGAGGUCACAGUGAUCGACACCCCGGAUCUUUUGGGGUCGUCAUUGGGGGUCAAGGAGAGAGCCCGGGAAGCUCUGAGGAGCCUUCAGCUCUCCAGUCCUGGACCACACGCCUUCCUGUUGGUAACACCAGCUGGGGGCUCCGGCACCGGGGUCGAUCAGGAGAUGGCCCAGGCGAUGCGAUCCACCCUCGAGCUGUUCGGAGACGGGGUGGCGGGGUACGUCAUGCCGGUGCUCACCCACGCCGAGCGCCCGGGUCGAAUUCACACAGAAGCCCGCGGGCCGGAUGUGGACUCGGGGGCUCUGGAGAGGGCUCGGUCCCUGUGCCACCAGACGCCAGAGCUGGUGGACAACGGGCCGGACUGCCCCCCGGAGGCAAAGAGCAGGACGCGCAAGCAGCUGGCGGGACGGGUGAGGGAGAUGAACGGAGGACACUUCGUCCACGAGCUGCAGAGGAAGGAGGACGGCAUCAGGGAGGAGCUCCUUGCUGACAUGGUCGCCGUACUGGCUGGAAAACUGGGACACAUGUAAAUGAGAGAAGGGGGAAGUGAAAUGGUGUUAUUUGUUAGUCUGUGUGUGUAUGUGUGUGAGAGGGGGGGGGUCUAAUUUUGGCUUUAUGUGAGAGGGCGGUUAUUUGCCUGAAGUAUAUUUGUCCCUCUGCUGGUUUACGACUGUCUAAAUGAACUUAUGGCCAGCUCGUGGUUUUCAACACGCCGCAGAUGCUUUUGGUUCGAUUUCCUGCCGAUACACACUUUCCCGUUUUGGCGUGUUGUAAUUCUUUCCUGUCAGCGUAUUCUUUUGUAGAGGCCCGUGCCUCAUGUUUUGGCACACUGCUCCGAUGCUUGGCCCUCCUUUAUCCUUAAUAAUUUAAGGGUAAUAUCAAACUUUAAAGAUGGGCAGGGAAAAUAACAUUGUUCAGCAGUGCGUUUGCUUUCUCCAGAAGCCUCUGAAACAGCAGCUAGACCAGAAAAAUAACAAUUGCUUGACUAUGAAAUACUGCUCAGCUGUGCUCAGAAGGAAAAAUCAUUAAUCUAUUUUUAGCGGAUGACAGUAACAGGUCAAUGAAUGAUAUAUUUAUCUUUUUACAUGUAGAAAGAUUCAACUUUGACAACAUAGUAUCAAUAUCAUCUCUCUUGAUAUUUUCCAUAAGGUGCCGUUUAAAUGUUCUUAGUUUCUCUGGUCACUACAGCGCACUGAUUAUUAACACCAAACGGCAGCUUGGGUUUUUGGGUUUGAAAACAAAACAUUUUAACCACAACUUUAUUUUACAUUUCUUGUUUGCAGCGUUGAAAGUCAGUUUUAUUUUUUUGCUGCAGUGUGAAACAUUUUACUAUUGACUGUAUUUGGUUUUAUUGCAUAAUGAGUUAUUAACCACAUGUAACACCCAUAAACUGUGGCGUAUUUACGCAUAUCACCCAAUUGCAAUAUUCAAUCUCCUUUAAACUCUGUUUUGGUCUGCACCAGCUGACUGUGGCUGUUUAUGUAUCCUGUUACCUGCCAUGUACAUCAUGUACACAUCAAAUCAGAAAACCAAAACCAUGAGCUAAAAGGGGAUAAAACAAGCUCCAUGAACAUGUUAAUAAUAAAACUUACCACUUUACCCAAAAGUCA